UCACCACUCUCAAACAAACUUCUUUCUCUCUACGAUUAUUUCUACAAAGUAUUAGUGUAACAUGUCUAGUGAGGGUAGCGUAGUUGUUCUUGUGCAUUGGAAUGGGGUGUUGACCGAAAAUAAUAAUGAAGUCAAUUACUCUACGUAUCCAAAUGCUGCACUUUUUUGAGUGAUGAUACUACAUAUGCAAGACUAUGUGAGAGCGUUAUGCAAGAAAUGUCCCGUGAUGGUUUCUAUGACAUGAAAACCAUUCAUGGGAAAUUUCCCAUAUAUAAUUCUGAGCGAAUAUGUGUUUCCUCCAUGCCGUGGCCUAUCCAUGACGACCCAUCAUGGAUCUAUUUUCUACAAUUUGCUCGCAAUCAAUACGAACGAGUGGAGAUAUACAUCAAUGCCGAAAAGAAGCAAAUGGUUCAUCCAUCUCAACAACGCACUUCUAGGCGUCCUCCCAACCAAGGCACUUCUCAGUCGAUGAUUGACGUCAAUGUCCCCCAUGAUGUUUCGGAUAGUGACGAUGAUCCUGAUUAUAACGCUCUUUCCUUUUCUGAACACGAGAGCAGUUCUGAAGACAGUGAUGAUAUCCCAAACGAGGACGAGGACGAGGACGAGGAGGAAUUCGUUGAACCCACAUAUCGUGAAGAACAACCCAUAUACGUGGGUCGUGUAUAUGAUACAUUCGAAGAGUUGAAGCAAGAUGUGUCCCUUGUAAACCUCAAAGAAUUUCGAACUUUUCGUAAUGAGGCGAAACGCAUAGAUUAUUGGCGAGCAAAGUGUGUUCAUCAUGAAACUUGUGCGUGGUUUAUUCAAGCAUCACUAAUCAAACACACCACACAGUGGAAAGUCAAACAGUAUCAACCGAAACACAAUUGCAUUCCCAACUACACACGAGGUAAGAAUGAUAAACUGCUCACGAGUAAGUUAAUUGCCUCUGAAAUAAGCUCCAAGAUUUUUGUUAAGCCCGAUUAUAGUGUAAAGCUAAUCAUGCAUGACAUACAACGGAAGUUCAACAUCCACGUGGGUUACAAGAAAGCAUGGUAUGCUCGAAUCUUGGCAUUGGAGAAACGGUUUGGCAAUUGGGAGGCAGUGUACAACGAUCUCCCAAAACUUCUACAAGGUAUGGCAUUUAGUAAUCCAGGAAUCAUUGUUGACCUACGAACAGACCAAACCGAUACACAAGGUACGUAUGAAUUCAAGUACGCGUUUUGGUCAAUCAAGGCAGCGAUUGAUGGUUUCAAUCAUUGUCUUCCGGUCAUUUCCAUUGAUGGUACACAUUUGUACGGUAAGUACAAAGGCACUUUGUUGGUCGCGGUGGCAAUGAAUGCUAACCGUGAAAUCUUUCCUCUAGCUUUUGGGGUGGUAGAUAGCGAAAACGGGGAUAGUUGGACGUGGUUUUUACAGUUAGUUGCGACAAAUAUUAUUCCUCCGCGUCGGAAUGUUUGCAUAAUAUCUGACCGACAUGUCGCGAUUGAUUGUGCGUUCCGGAAUGUGCCACAAUUGGGAACACCUCUAAUUCAGAGGCGAUAUUGUCUUCGACACAUUCGAAGUAAUUUUAUGUCCCAAUUUCGAAGCAAGAAUCUCAAAAAAUUGUGUUGGCGUGCCAGAAGUACUCCCAUUCUAAAUGAAUUUACUAACUACAUGCAACAAAUACGGGGUGCUAAUGAAAGAGCAUUAAACUAUCUUGAUGCCAUUCCUAAAGAGAAGUGGGCACUUUGUUUUGAUGGUGGAUGUCGUUAUGGAAUUUUAACGACCAAUCUAUCUGAAAGUUUUAACCAUGCCCUAAAAGGAUGUAGAACGCUUCCGAUUACAGCACUUGUGAGAGCAACUUUCGAUAAAUCUGUUAAGCUCUUUGUAGAACGACGUAAUGCUGGUAUGAUGUGGAAUCAAAGUGGAUAUCAAUUUCCGGAAAAAAUCCGGAAGCAGAUUAUGGAUGGAUGGCAACAAAGGCGUCACACUGUUGUAAUCCCGCACAAUUAUCACAGUGGAGUUUUCUCAGUAGCCAUAGAAAAUGCAACUCCGGUUACGGUAGAUUUUUCAAGGAGCGACUGUGAUUGUGGCUGCUGGAGGAUGAACUGGAUGCCAUGCAGCCACGUGCAUGCUGUGUGUCACUUCCUCGACCGCCCUGUCAAUCAACUUAUUCCGGAAGUCUAUAAACUGACCUCUUACAUUAAUGCACAUGCUGGUGAUAUUAUGCCUUUACCAAAUAUGAAUGAGUGGCCUGAUAUUGGGAUCCAUCUUUUACCGCCAAAAUAUUUAUCACGAACUUCUCGAGUGGGGCGUCGUCAAGAAACGAGGUUUCAAAAUGAGAUGGAUAUGCGUCCAAGCAGAAGAAGAGGACAACAAUGAUUUCAUCGAGCUGUGUUGCCGAUCGGUUGACACAGAAGAUGCUCGAAGUUAGAAGACAAAAGGGCUGAGUAUGUUGGCUGGAGAAACCUGGGCAAGAUCCUUAGUACGUAGUAUAAUUUAUACGAAGACACGAAGUACUUCCUAUAUAUGAAUAGUGUUCGGUUAUUUCUAAUGGGCCCCUUAUGUUAUAGACCAAGAAUGCUUUUUGGAGUUUUUAAUUUAUCAGCUCGCAGAUCGUCCAAAAAAAAAUUAUAGACAAUAUGUUACUUUAAAUUAGUUGGAUGAACACUUCUAUAUAUAUUUUGUUUUUUAUUCCUAAAUAG